AUGGCUGGCCUAACGUUAAAAGUCAAGGCAAGAAGUGAGAAAGAUAUUUCGGUACGGUUAGGACGCUCCAUAAUUGCUUCAGGAAAUACAAAAGUGGAAUUUAAAUUGCAUUCGAGGGGAACACUAUCGGAGCAAAUGGUCAAGGAUUAUCGUGAAUUAAACUUGAUUUCUACUUCAAGAAAUCAAGUAUAUGAUUCUUCGUCCGACGAUGAAUCAAAUGACGAUCAGCAAGCUCGAUCUUUAUCAAUAUCUUGGAUUAAACCGGAGUAUUUACAAAUCGAUAACGAGAGAGCACUUAUAGGAAUUAGUGAGCUUCCCGGGUGUAGAUAUAGCAUUGUUCGCCGAAGCAUUGAAGAUGAUAUUGUUGCCUGUGCUUUAUUACUGGAAAUGAACCCACUUCUAAGUGCUGAAGAAGCAAUACAAGUAGUUAGAGAUAUACGUGGCAAUGCGGCUAUACAAACCGUUGCUCAAUAUAACUUCUUGAUGGAAUACAAAACGGAAGCCACAAGUGGGCCGGGCCCUACUGGCUCUAUGAUAGAUCCUAGACCAAGCGACACCUGGCAGUCAGUUAUUAGAUAG